AUGCCCACUGGCCCACCCCGGCAUUCCACUUGCCCACGGACCAAGUCGUCGUUCGAUGCGGAGACCGUUUUUAAACUGAAGCUUCAGAUGGGGCUACGGGGCAAUGUUACAGAACAUGGCUUUUCAAUCAUGAUGGGAAAGCGGCGCAUCACAAAAGAAGCUCCUCCUCAAAAGUCACCAGAGGCGCCACCUUCCGAACCCAAAAUCCCCACCACGACCGACAUGAACAUUGAUCUCAUAUGGACGGGACUCUUGAAAAGCCGCGAUGGAGACUGGUUCGGAUAUGGCUGGGGCUGGCGCAAUGCUGGCGGCCACUGA